UUGAGACCCAUCGCUCAGGCCUUCGGACAGGCGGUCCAUCUGGGAUCGCUGGUGGAGCUGGUGCCCAGGGCUGUCCGGGAAUACGGCCUUGAAAAACUGGGAGAGGGAGACGCCAUCCUGACCAACGACCCCUAUUCCGGCGGGGUCCAUUUGAACGACGUGACGCUCAUCUCGCCGGUCUAUGUCCAGGGAGAGUGCUUUGGCUAUGUGGCCAACCUGGCCCAUCACGUGGACGUGGGCGGAGGGGCGCCGGCCAGCAUCGGCGCGUUCCGGGAAGUCUUCCAGGAAGGGAUCAUCGUUCCUCCCAUCAAGCUGGUGCGGGGAGGGGAGGUGGUGGAGGAUCUUUUUGCGCUGGUGAUGGCUCAGAUUCGCUCGAAAUACGAGACGGCCGGAGAUUUCCGGGCUCAGAUGGCGGCCAACGUCACCGGGGUGCGCCGCUUGCAGGACCUGCUGGCCCGGUGGGGAAUCGAAGCCGUCCGGACCUGCCAGGAUGAGCUGCUCGCCUACACCGAGCGUCGAGUGCGGCAGGAGCUGGCCCGCUUGCCCCGGGGAGAGUUUUCCGCAGAGGGGUUUGUGGACAACGACGGCUUUACCGACCGACCGGUGCGUCUGGCGGCCAAGGUGGUGAUCGCCGAGAGGGGAGUCUCGUUUGACCUGAAUGGUUCCGAUCCGCAAAGGCCGGCUCCCGUCAACUCCACCUACGCCAUGACCUAUUCGGCCUGCGCCUACGUCCUCAAGUGCCUCAUCGAUCCGGACGUGCCGGUCAACCACGGCUUUUACCGCCUGGUGAAGCUUCGGGCCCCCGCCGGCACCGUCGUCCACGCCCGGCCUCCGGCUCCGGUGGUCGGGGGCUGGGAGACACAGACGCGGCUGACGGACGUGAUGUUCAAGGCGCUGGCGCCGGCGCUGCCGCGGCGUGUGCCGGCCGGGACCAAGGCCAUGAUGUGCCAGUGGGGUUUGGCGGCGCCGACCCCAGGACCGGCCCACGGCCAGAAUACCGAGAAUGCGCCGGUCGAAGAGAUCGAGCUCAACUAUCCCGUGCGGAUCGUUCGCUAUGAGCUGGUGGAGGAGUCGGAGGGAGCCGGAAGACAGCGGGGCGGCCUGGGACUGCGCCGCUGA